GAUUUUUGGAUGACUGAGCAGCUCGUUUUAUGUAAUAACUGCAACAUAUAACUCGAACAAGAAGGUUUUACUGGUAAGCGGUUUAAGCAGCACUCAAAAGUAAAUAUUGUAUUUUAUAUUUUCGCUGUUCUCUCUACAGAUAUACUGUCUAGGCCAGUCAGUGGAUCAUCUGUGCUUGCCCACCAGAUCACAGCCCAGCUGUCUGGGAGCCCACGUGCAAAGUUCUGAUCUAAUGUCAGAGCCUCCUAAUUGCUGCAUCUGCCUGAGUGAGUUCACCAGGCCUACUUCCCUCCCCUGUGGACACCGCUUCUGUCUGGGAUGUAUCGGAGAAUACUGGAGGAUCCUGGAGGCCUGUCGGUGCCCCCUCUGCAAGGCCUUCUUCCCCAUCAGGCCUCAGCUCAAAACUGACCAAACGCCGCAGCCUUUGAAUGCAACGGUGCCUUUAAAAGCUGGAGAGGUUCCCUGUGAUCUCUGCCCCGCCAAGCGUCCAGCUGUCAAGUCCUGCCUGGUGUGUCUGGCUUCCUACUGCGACGCCCAUCUGGAGGAGCACUACCAGAGAGAAGAUCUUGGGCGCCAUCUUCUGAUCAGCGUGGUGAAGAACCUGGAGGAGUCCGUGUGCAGGCAGCAUGGGAAGCCGCUGAAGAGCUUCUGCAGCAGCGACCGGGCGUGCAUCUGUGCCAUGUGCGCCCAGACGGAGCACAGGGGCCACCACAUUAUCUCCAUCAACAAAGAGGCCGCAAAGAAGAAGGUUUUAAUAAGACGGAGAAGUCACAGACUGCAGCGAGCGAUUCAAGAGAGACAGAGUAUAGUAGAGAAGAUCAAACAUUCAGUGGACUUCAUUGGAGAAAGUCCAAAGGAGACAUGUGUACAAGAUAAAGAGCCCAUCCAGCAGCUGGAGGAAGAAAUCGCUGAGCUGCAGGAGAGAAACGCCGAGCUGGAGCAGCUCUCAAAGACUGAAGACAACCUGCACUUUGUACAGAGAUUCCUGCACAGUGCUUCAUGACAGGAAGAACACGGCGACGGUUCACAAGAGCAGCAGAACAAAGUUUUUAAUAUGUAUGUAAUAUGUAUAUUACCCCGAUAUAUAGAGAGAUAGAUUAAUAGAUUAUUAAUGGACAGAUGAUGUAUUGACACUAUGUAACUCUUCACUCAAAAGUGAAUUAAGGCAUUUUCCAAAAUGUCAUAUUUUCAGAUUUUUUGAAUGUAUUCCCUGUUGAACUGCAAACACUUAAAAAACAACUGUGUAAAAACCAUUAAUGAACAUUUUUCCAGUAAAUGUUUAAAAAAAAAACAACUUGAACGUGAUUGUAUGAAUGUAACUUAUUCCAGAGUGGAUGAUGUAAUAAACUCCAGUAUUUCACGGUUAAAAAUGUCUUCUGUUUGUACAUUUUUUUUCAAAUAAAUGAAAUAAAACUUUAAAGUUCAA